GAAGAGGGUGAGACCUUAGUCAAUGAGGUGGAGGAGAUGAGUGGAAGAGCUGACGUGACCCUGGACCCAGACACCGCCAACCCCUUCCUCAUCCUGGCUGGUGACCAGCGGAGGGUGGGACGGGGGGACGAGUGGACCUCACUGCCUGACACCCCCGAGCGGUUCGACACCGAGCCCUGUGUGCUGGGCAGGCAGAGCUUUGCUGAGGGCAGACACUGCUGGGAGGUGGAGGUGGCUGAGGCGGGGGACUGGUGGGCUGUGGGGGUGGCCCAGGAGUCUGUCAGAAGGAAGGGGGUCCUGAGCUUUACCCCCCAGGAGGGGAUCUGGGCUGUGGGGCAGUGGUUUGGACAAUACCACGCUUUUACUGACCCUGACUGGACCCCUCUGCACCUUGCCUACCUCCCCAGGGCCAUCCAGGUGUGCCUGGACUUCAGAGACAAGCAGGUGGCAUUUGCUGAUGCUGAAAAUGCAGCCCCGCUCUUUGCUUUCUGUCUGGCCUCGUGUCCUGGGGAGAGGCUGCACCCCUGGCUCUGGGUGGGGACGGGCUCGUGGCUCCAGCUGUGCCCCUGACACACGGAGGGAGCACGGGGAGACACCGGCAAGGCAAACACCAUCGUCAUGGGUCGCGGUGCUGGGAACUGGUGGGGUGGUGGGUCCUGCUGGCUUCUCCCCACGUGUUUCUCUGGCCACCAAGUAGAGGACUGGUGGGUCAUGGACGUGGACGCCACCACAGAGCCUCCUUCAUCCCGCCCUCCCCACGGCUGGGACUGCAGGGAGAGCACCAAGACAGAGCACAGAGGAGCUUGGUGCCAGGAGGGCCAAGGGCAGGCAGGUGGCACUGAGUGCCAGGGCACUGCAGAGCUGCUCUGUCCAAGGCCACGGAAAAUAUAGCAGGUAGUAAAAGGUGCUGGGGCAGUGUCUCGGGCUUUUUCAUAUUAAGAUGAAGUUAAAAACCCUCAAGCAUAGCUGGAUGUUGAUGAUAACACUUAUCUUCCCCACACAUCCAAACCUCUCCUUGCCUCCCCUCCUCUUGUCACUGACACAUGCACCAAGCAAUUUCUUGCAGCAGGGCAUUAGGAGUAGCUCUGGGGGAGCCCAGCAAGGCAGACACGAAGCUGAGCAGUGUCUGGAAUCCACAGGAGAGGCAAUUCCUGCAGAUCUGCCGUUCUCUGAUCUCUCCCCAUCAAGGUCUCCUCUUCCUCACAUAGAAUAGACUAGACUGGAAUAUUCCAGUUGGAAGGAACCUACAAUGAUCAUCCAGCUGCCUCACCCCUGCAGGGCUGACCAAAAGUAAAGCUUGUUAUUAAGGCCAUUGUCCAAAUGCCUCUUAAACACUGACAGGCCUGGGGCACUGACCAGCUCUCGAGGAAGACUGUUCCAGACCACCCUCUUGGUAAAGAAAUGCUCCCUCAUGUCUAGUUGGAACCUCCCCUGGAACAGUUUUGAGCCAUUCCCAGGUGUCCUAUCCCUGGAUCCCAGGGAGAAGGGCUCAGCACCUCCCUCUCCACGUCCCCUCCUUAGGAAGCUGCAGA